AUGCCAUACUCGGUCGGCCAAAAUCAUCCGCCACCCAAAUUAUCGCCUCGUGUCGUCUCCGAUAAUCGAUCACCAAGCCCUAAUUAUUUUGGUCUCAUUGUCGAGUCGGCCAAUGAGCAGGGGGGCUCCUCCUCAGGGCUCCCUAAUGACAACUGGAGCCCAUCGUCAUCAGUAAAAUCUUUCCAGGCCGCCAUCCCCAAGCAGGUUCCUCUUGAUGCCAAUCCCGAAUUCGAGGCUUUCAGGAGGCAGGCAGACUUCAAUCGGGGCAAGUCUUUUGCUCUCUCCACAAGUCAUUAUGCUCAGCCUUCGGUGACAUCAAAUGGAGUCGCACCUGUGCGCCCUCGACCACCGAGAUGGCACACUCAUGGUAGCGAUACUGGCGGACCAUCUCCAUUUGGUCGGGGAUUGAGCUCUGCCAAUGUUCGGCCAGCUAGCAGAAUGGAUAUCGACCAGGACAGCUUACAGGACUCGGCCUAUGUUUCAUCGGACUCAAAGCGUAAUUCCGAAUCGUCUCUUCACCAUCAUAUUCCCGCACUAAGCCUACCACGAUUCGAGUCUCCUCUACCAAUGGAUCCUCCUCAGAACCGUACAGGUCUAACUCGGUCUGAAGACCGCGACCCCAGGUUGUCUGUCAUGGAACAUCGCCCCGAGCCUCCUGAUGCUCGAGAUAUCCACCGCUCUGCCACUGUACCAGCAACCCUCGAGCCUGGACAACCACACAUGAUCACCGGACAGCAGCUAAGAGACAUGCUUCAGAACGUAAAGCAGGAGCGAUUACUUCUUCUUGACCUUCGCUCCUCUCAAAAUUAUGCCCAGUCCAGGAUUCAGCGUGCUCUCAACCUUUGCAUCCCUACCACUCUUCUGAAGCGAGCUACUUUCAAUAUUCAGAAGCUGAAGCAGACUUUCCAGAGCAGCGCUGAUUCAGAUAAGUUUGACACAUGGAAGGAGACAGACUACAUUGUCGUUUAUGAUGCUCAUGCUUCCGAUAAGCGAGAUGCGAUCACUGCUCAGAACAUGAUCAAGAAAUUCACCAACGAAGGUUACAUUGGCGGCACAUGCAUCCUCAAGGGUGGCUUCAACUCAUUCCAGGAGAACUUUCCCGAUUUUGUCGAUCAUCAAUCAGCUACUGGAGCACCCGGAAAGCCUGGUCCUGGCCAUGGAGGAAUUGCCCCUGUCAUUGGUGGAGUUAUGCUUCCCAACGCCAGCAAUGAUGUGAACCCGUUCUUUUCCAACAUUCGACAGAACAUGGACCUUGCAGACGGUGUAGGCCAAUUGGAUGUUUCAAGACCCUCUGCAUUGGAUUCCCCCUCUCUACCUCGCUGGCUUCGAGAGGCGGCUGCCAAGCCUGAUCACGGAAAGAAGGUUUCAGAUAAGUUUUUGCACAUUGAGGUUGAUGAGCAAUCUCGAAUGAAGGCAGCAUACGCAGCUUUCAACCCGCACAACCAAGAUAAGCGAAGCCAGGUACAGCUUUGCGGUGUUGAGAAGGGAGUCAAGAACAGGUACAAGGACAUCUUGCCUUUCGAGCACGCUCGAGUCAAGUUGCAAGAGAAGCCUGAAGGAACAUGCGAUUACAUCAACGCUAGUCAUCUCAAAGCAUCUCGAAGCAACAAGCAGUAUAUCGCCACCCAGGGACCCCUCCCCGCCACCUUCGAGGACUUUUGGUCUGUUAUCUGGCAGCAGGAUGUGCGUGUCGUAGUCAUGUUGACUGCCGAGUCCGAGGGCGGCCAACUCAAGUGUCACCCUUACUGGAAGGGCCGAGAUUUUGGGGCUAUUCGACUCAAGCUUCUGUCUGAGAAGAAGGUAUCUCUUGACAUUGAUAAGCAUAGGUCCGAAUCCAACCAUACUCCAUCUGUCUCGGAAAGUGAGGCGGGUAGGAAGCGCGCUCAUACCACGACUACAAUGGAUCCGAACCAGACACCCAAGGCACCAGGCGCACCAGCUGAAACACCCUAUGUGAUCGUCCGAAAGUUUGCUCUUUCGCACGCUUCUCAUCCGUUUGCGCCCAUUCGAGAGAUUACGCACCUGCACUUCCCCUCAUGGCCCGACUUUGGAACACCCGCUCAGCCAUCGCACUUGUUGGCUCUUGUGGAGUUGGCCAAUGUGAUGCAACGUUCUGCCCUGCCAGUCGAGACAUCUCAAGUAUCAAAGAUUUCAAGUUUGGAACCGCCUGCUAUCACCUGGUACGACGAGCCGGAGGCCGAUUCUCGUGCGCGACCAAUGCUCGUACACUGCUCUGCUGGAUGUGGUCGCACUGGUACUUUCUGCACUGUCGACAGUGUUAUUGACAUGUUGAAGCGUCAGAGACAAGCCAAGAUAGAUUCGGUACGAUCACGCGAUCACGAUGGAGAUGUCUCUAUGGGCGAGAAUAUGGAUACUUCCCCUCGAUCGAUGAAGCACUUCAAUUUCUACACCCCUGGCCAGAGAACGAGCAUGGAAAGAAAGGUUGCUCGAGGCGGCGCCCACAUUGAUACGGACUGGGUAUACGAUGACAGUGUGGAUCUUAUCCAGAAGACGGUAGAGGAUUUCCGAGAACAGAGACUGAGCAUGGUGCAAAGUCUCAGACAAUACGUUCUCUGUUACGAAACGGUUCUUGAAUGGGUAACAAGAAUGAACGAGCGAGGGUCAAACGCUCCAAACGGUCGACUUCGAAGUGGAAGCCUUCGCCACUAA